GCAACUUUGCCUUAACCGCCUGCCAGACCUCAACCAAUUGAAACCUCCAACACAUACCUCCUCUCCAAUCACCGCCAAUAACCACUGCAGCAACUCAAACCACUGCUAGCUCGAAUUGACGCCAACUCUUCUCGCAACCAGUGUUUCAUUUCGGCCUACUACAGAUACAGAUUGCAUCUUCGUCAACCAAAGCUUCGUUUGUUUGCUCACUGCCCGCUGCUGCAACUCCGGGUACCGCCACCGUCUCUCUCUCUCUCUCUCUCUAUAGAGAGUUGCAAAUUCGAAAUUCUGCGAUUACUCCGAAUCAAAACCAGGUGAUACAUAUUACUUACGAUAAUUUUCAUCAGCAAAAGCUGAAGGAAAUAACCCAUAUGCGACUUACUGUAGCAUGAAUAGCGAAUUGGCAUAAAUUUUGUUUGCAACUAUCUCUUUGAUUUAAUUCUUGGGAAAAUGUCUAGUGGAGAGGUCAGAAAGGUCUCACGGGAAGACAUACAACUGGUGCAAAAUCUUAUAGAGCGAUGCCUACAACUUUACAUGCGCCAAAAAGAAGUCGUGGAUACUCUCUUGGUUCAGGCAAAAAUAGAACCUGAUUUUACUGAACUUGUUUGGCAAAAGCUUGAAGAUGAAAAUCGGGACUUUUUCAAGGCAUAUUAUUUAAGAUUGAUGGUGAAGGACCAAAUAAUGCAAUUCAACAGGUUACUUCAGAAACAAAUUGAGCUGAUGGAUCAGAUGUGCCCACCUGGAGUUGCUUCCAUACCUAUGUCUAAUGGAUCUCAUGUCCCACCAUUGCACCAGAACUCAGCCUACUAUGCUCCAGAACAUGUCGGACCGCCUCUGAAGGUGGAGAACAUGCACCAACCUAUCAAUUCAAGUUUCCCCAACUCUUUUCCCAAUGGUGGGUCAUCAUCACUAGACCCAUGCAUGCAAAAUGUUGUUGAUAUGUCUGCUCAUGCCAGAAGGAUUGAUGUUUCACCAAACAUUUUUUUGGCUCAGAGCUCAACUGCGGGAAUGAUACAAGGAAUGAAUGGGGUGAUGAUCAAAUCAGAAGCUGGUUAUGCAGGCAAUUCCUCGUACAUGUUUGGUAAUGAAGGCAAUGUCCUUAAAUCACGGCCUGCAAUUGGGGACACAUCUGUUUCAUCUUUCAGUAGUGUGGCAUCGAAUUCACAUCCCCUGAAUGAAACACUCCUGGAUGCCGACAGUUCGUCAUUUGGAUUUUUAGGGCAGAUUCCUAGAAACUUCAGUCUUUCAGAUUUGACAGCUGACUUUUCUAAUAGUGCUGAUAUAUUGGAGACCUACUCCAGAUCACCCUUCCUAGCAGCAGAUACAGACAACUUCUUGGAUCCACAUGGCAGGGGAGAACAAGGUGAGAGUUUUAUCAUUUUGUCAUUGUCUCUAAUCACAAAGAGGGUUACUGAUAUGUGUGUCCUGGCCUGUCAGGGGACAAUAAGAGGUUGGACACGAUAUCAGAAGGCUUGAGUUAUGAAGAUUUUGGCAGUGAUUGAUUGAAUUACCCAAUGUUUUUUUGAUCUGGUAACUAAUUAACUGUUGAUUUGUGUUUGAAUGGAUUUGAAAUCACCGUUCACUAUCUAAAUAUGGUUACCACCUUAAGAUAUAAAUGUGUUGCGCAAUAUGAACAUAGUUUGCAUUGCCAACAAUGUCCUGUCUUGAAUUGUAUGAUUUGUAGGAGGAAAAAAUCUCUGUUAGUGUGGCAUUUCAUUGGAUUUCUUUUCAGGCUUAAGGAAUCAUUUUUAAAAAUAGUCAAGGAAAAAGUGUACCUACAAAAUCUUGUACUUUUUGAAGGAUAUGUUUUAUGGAAAAACUUGUCUGUGUUAGAAAGU